UGGUAGCGCUGCCGGCCCGUUGUGACAUAAACAACACCAAAUCCUUGACCUUAAACUUUAUAAGCUGCUACCAGGGAUACUGCAGCUGCUAGAGAAAACCACGUCAAUAUAUUUGGAUUUGUUGAUAAAAAAUUGUUUAACAAAUAAAAAUUGCUUGUGCAGAAGGCAGCGGGAUAAAACGUGCAUAUAAAAUUUUGCAAUUAUCAUUUAAAUACGUGAAUUAGGCAAGAAACAAAAUGCCGAAAGCUGAGAAAGUGAAAGUAAAUGUUAAGGAAAGGGUCGAUGAUAAUAUUUGCGACUUAAGUUUGAGUGGAAUUAAUGAGAUACCGGUGCGAGAGAUAGCUUCUUUUAAGCGGGUUACUGUGUUGGACUUGUCGAGCAAUUGUAUCACUUCAUUGGGAGUAUGUUGAUGUUGAUAGAUUUCUUUCAUUAUCAAUUGAAUAUUUGAUGUUUUGUUUAUUUAUGUUGAUUGAAAUUCCAUAGUUAUAUAAAAUAAUUGAUUUUAUGCAAAAUUUUAAUUAUUUCAUAAUGUACGGUGAAUAAUAAAUUUACAUUUUAGAAAAGUUUCAUCACGCUAACACGUCUGGUCAAAGUUGACCUAAGCAAAAACCAAAUACGUUAUUUACCCGAUGAAUUUGGUUUACUACGAAAUUUACGACAUUUGGAUUUGUACGACAAUAAAUUGGAGCAUCUGCCACUAAGUUUUGGUAAUUUAACAAAUUUACGUUAUUUGGAUUUGAAAGGUAACCCAUUGACGCCAGCACUAGCUAAAGUGGUUGGCUUCUGCCUCACCACCAAAGAAUGUCAGGAUUCAGCUAGGAAUACAGUGAAAUUUUUGAAUCGCAUGCAAGCCGAAGCGGAAAAGGCUAAAGAGCAGUAUAAACUUGAAGUGCUAACGGUCGCCACUGCUCAAACUGAGGAUAUUGACGUCGAAAACGAGAAACCGCUUGAAAAUGCAAAAUCAAAGAAGUCAACUACUAAGAAAGCUAAAUCGAAAUCAAAGAAAUCAAAUACCAACAACAAUAACAAUGACAUAAGCACUGAAGUAAAGAUUGCAUCCACAAAUGUUAACAACAAAGCUACGAAAACCAAAAAGCAUGCAAAUGGUGCGGCGAAAAAGUCUAUAUCCAAAUCGAGCACAGCACUUACAACUGUUUUCACAUUCUUCAUACUGCUGGCCAUUAAUGUCGUGGUCAUUUACUUAAUAAUGUUCAAGAAUCCUGAGAUAGCCGAUCGUUUGGUUGAGUUUAUACCACAUCAAUACCGCGAUUGGAUACUGACUAAAACGGAAAUAUUCCGUCUACGUGUCACCGAUUGGAUNAACUGUUUUCUGAGAUGCUGCAGCCUACAAACAAACAAACAUACAUACAAUAACUACACACCAACAAACUAUGAUAUAACAAUAGAAUUUACAAAAUAA